ACUUUAUGGGGCACAUGAUGUCUUUCGGUCUCUGGUGCUUUGUAGCGAAGCGGUUGUGCGAGUAACAGUCUGUUAGCACCCGGUGAAGGAAUGUGAGCAAUGUUAUUGUCUAUCUCGUGUCAAAAGACAACAUUAUUAGCUUAAAUCUUUCAUAUGCAGGGAAGAAUGAGUUUCGUGAACGUUAUUUCGUCUACAAGAGACUGGUAAUUGGUUUCAUGGGAACUGACUGUGGAAUCUGAGCAAUGUCUUCCCACCCAGAUAACUUAAUACUGUCCUCGGGUCACAACUUUAGCAUGGACUACUCUUCCCGGGAUAUUCAACUGAAAAUCAUCAGCCUGAGCUUCAUCUUCUACACCUUCAUCUUCCUCCUCUCUCACAUACUGUCUAACCUGCUGCUUCACACCUACCGCUCACUGUCAGCCAAAGAAAAGGUCUUCUGGAAUCUAACUGCGACACGGGCGGUGUUUGGCAUCCAAAGCAUGGUGGCAGGGCUUCGAGCGCUCAUGGAGGACUCUGCUGUCUUUUCUGAUAAGAUUCUUGGGCAGGAGGACUGGUCAUGGUUCAACUUGCUGUCCGCUACAGGCUUUUUCUUCUUUGAAAAUUUGGCCCUUCAUGCGUCUAACGUGGUGUUCUGGUCCUUUGACCUGCCGUUAGCUAUGCACCACUUCUUUGCCCUGGCAGGGUUUACUGGGGCAGUUGUGUGGAACUGGCAGGGUCAUUUCUUGCCUAUGGUGACCCUGCUGCUGGAGAUGAGCACACCCUUCACCUGUAUCUCCUGGAUGCUGCUUAAGGCUGGCUGGGCUAAGACUCUGUUCUGGAAAGCUAACCAGUGGAUAAUGAUUCACAUGUUCCACUGCCGGAUGGUUCUAUCCUACUACAUGUGGUGGGUGUGUUGGAAUCACUGGGAGGAGAUGAAUACACACAUCCCACUGUUUCAGAGACUGCUGUUCUUCAUAGGCCUCUUCCUGCUAACCUUCUUCCUCAACCCCAUUUGGAUGCAUAAGAAAACCCUGCAGCUUCUCAAUCCUGUGGACUGGAACUUUGACAACAUGCCCACUCCAGAGAACGGAUCAAUCCAAGACCAGGCACGACACAAACCCCAUGCCAGCUGAUUAAUGCCAAGAUCAAGGCCUCGUGGGAAAAUGAGGAAGACUACAGCUAUAAAAGUCAGAUGGGUGCAGAGAAAUAUUUGACAAUUUUGUGCAGUGGUGUUGCUUUUAGGUUUGUUGUAGUUAUGUUUAAGAUCUUUAGGUUUAGCACUAACUACUUCUACUUACAACUACACUAACCACUACAACAUGAGUACGGAGAUUGCACAGUUAGUAAAAAGGGUUAGUUCACCCAAAAAUGAAAUUUCUGUCAUUAAUUACUCACCCUCAUAUCGUUCCACAUCCGUAAGACUUUCGUUCAUCUUCGGAACACAAAUUAAGUUAUUUUUGAUGAAAUCCGAG